CUUUGCUCUUUGUCAUUUUCUUUACCAAUUAAUCUUUUCUUUUGCCGCACUUGCAUCUGUUUGGAGAGAGAGAAAAACAAAGAGCAAAAAAAAAAAAAAAAAAAUAUUCAUGGCGAGCAUGGCAUCGGCUGCCUCAGGGUUCGUGAUAACUCCGAACGUCGCGGCCAACACAAACUCGGUUACAAGCAAGAGCAAUGCCUUGUUUUUCUCUUCAAAGAACAACAGCACCAGCAGCAGAAGCUAUUCAAGGCUCGUCGUAAGGGCUUCUGAGGAAGGACCUGCUCCACCGGCAGCCGCCACCAAGGAAGCAGCUCCGGAAGCUGCGGCUCCUAAGCCUAAGCCACCACCGAUUGGACCCAAGAGAGGCACUAAGGUUAAGAUUCUAAGGAGGGAAUCGUACUGGUUCAAGGACACUGGCUCUGUUGUAGCUGUUGACCAGGACCCAAAGACCCGUUACCCAGUUGUGGUUCGAUUCCAGAAAGUAAACUAUGCCAAUGUAUCUACAAAUAACUAUGCAUUGGACGAGAUUGAAGAAGUUAAAUGAGAACUCUUUGUGUUAGUUUGCUUUUGUAAAUUGUAAUUGUAAUUCUCUAUUCUCUUUGCUAUUCACAUUCUCUCUAUCUUCUUUUUGCCCAACAAUCUGUAUCACACUCUGAUUUCUCUCUUUCCCUGUUCUUCACAGUUAUGUUUUCAUGAGUUUUCCGCUUCAUGUCCAAAUUAAUUGAUCAUAUCCAAUUAAGCAUACAAGUUUAGUAA